ACAAAAUAGGAUGCGUAAUUGGUCUGGCAUCAUUUAUGUGAAAUGGAUAUAGAGAUAUGACGGAAUAUGUUGCUUUUGUUUGACAUUUUAUUUGGAUUUGUUAACUAUGAAUACUACACUGAUUUGUACAAACGAUGAUGUUUACGAUAUGUUACUUAAGCUUCUGAACACUCAGUAUUACUCCGAAACUGAAACAUCUGCUAAUUGUACACCAAUGAAACACCCAGAAAAAUCACGAACUAAUGAGAUGGGACGAUCCAUCUACGCGUAUGCAACACCUGUGAUACUGCUCGUUGGUAUUCUCGGAAACUCAUUGUCGUUAAAAGUAUUUUUAUCCAGAAACAUGAGGAAUCUUUCAGCAAGUUCAUAUUUAGCUGCAUUGUCAAUUUCAGAUAUGUUGGUUUUAAUCUUUUAUGUGACAGUCGAGUGGUUAAAACGAGGCCUUGUUUAUCUACUUCCGAAUAUUAAUUUACAAUUUCUGGAUAAGGAUGGUGCAUGCCAGACGUUACUUUACAUAGCUUAUGUUUUACGUUUCUUCUCGUCUUGGCUUGUUACAGCAUUCACUAUUGAACGAUAUAUAGGAGUAUGUCAUCCUCUUUACAGACGUUAUAUAUGUUCAUUACCUGGAUCAAGGCGGAUAAUAUUUGGAAUCCUGAUAGCGAGUUGCAUAAUAGUUAUUUAUAAACCAGUUCUAAGUGGAGUUUAUUUGAGUCAUGAUGGUAUUCACUAUUGUACCGGAAGUAAGGAACACGACUUCCUGUCAUUCGUCUUAGAUAGUAUAUUUGCGCUUUUGAUUACAUUAGUUCCGUUUGUCAUUAUAUCAGUACUAAACGUUCUGAUUAUGCGAAAACUUUGUUUACGAAAAUCACAAUUCCGUGUAUUCGGCAGAUCACACGUGAACAGACGUGACAACCGAUCGAUCACAUCUCAAGUAACAUCAGACGAGAGUUUGAUAAAACUGGAGUUUACUCUUAUAUUGUUUACAAUUUCGUUUUGUUAUAUAGCAUGCAAUGGACCAUACUUUAUUGUUUGGUUUCGGAAUUUUCUACAUAGUAAACAUUUAUCAACACAUGUACAUUUACAAUAUUCAAACUAUGGCGUGGAGUAUUGGCAGGGUAUUUUGUAUAUAACCAAAACCAUAUUUUAUAUGAAUUACUGUAUUAACUUUUUUCUCUACAGUAUCACAAGGAGGCAUUUUAGACGUGAAGUCAAAUCGAUGUUAACAUGUGAACAUAAAAAGACGUCAUUUAGAUAUUCCCAAACAACUUCAAAAACUUGCUCAUGGGUUUAA